AUGGCGCCGCGUUACCAUUCCGCAACUGAGGCUGACAUGGGUCUUUGUGGGGAGGCCAAGUCACGUGGAGGAGAUGCCCUUUACGAUUUGCCACUUGGGGACUCCGAAGAGGACCGGACAACGGUUGCUGUGCAUCCAGGUUCGGGAGAAGAGAUAAUUGCUGCCUCUCACUCUGGCUUCACGUUGGUGCCCGUGUCAGAUGGCAGUGGAGCGAAUGGCCGCGUUCAUCCAGGAGGGGGGUCUGGAAAAGACCAGGACGAGAGUCCUUCACGUGGACCACCUGUCCACAGUCUCGAGAUAAGGAGGAAAAAGUCAGAGCAGCGGGCGGACGGGGCGCCAGGUUCCGGAGUCGCCAGGGGGGAGAAGCAGAGUUUGCUAGUGCCUUGUUUGGCAGUUUUCUCCAGCAACUAUAACUUCACGGUUACUUCGAUUGCAUUGUUUUUGAUGAAUCAGGAUCCCGUGUAUAAGGAUGCCAGUGACAGUGUAGUAGGCAGUAGCACAGUGAAGAUGCUUUCCUAUGCUGGAGCGAUUGUAGGCAUGUGUACCAUGGGCUACUUGGGAGAUCUUAUUGGGCGAAGGCUUGCCAUGAUCUUCACCCUUGCACUCGUUUUUGUAGGUGCUCUUUUGUCAUCCAUUUGCGCUUGGGGAGACGGAGUGACUGUUCUUGUUAUAAUGGGUGUAUGCAGAUUUAUUCUUGGAGUGGGCUCAGGCGGCGUCUACCCUUUGUCUGCUGUGAGCGCAGCAGAAGGCGCAGGCACUGAGCAGUCUAAUGAUCGAAGCAUGCGAGUUUCGUGGGCAUACAGCAUGAAUGUUCCGGGAAUUAUGUUUCCCUAUAUUGUUGCUCUCAUUUUGUGGUGUACCACGCAUAACGUCGAUGUCUGUUUCCGUAUCCUCCUCGGAUUUGGCGCCCUUCCUGCUCUUCUGAUCUGGUUACCGGCUUGGAGAAUGAAAGAGGAUAGAACCUACGUGGCCAAAGAUUUCGCAAAGCAUUUGGCAGGCGUCUUCAUCACUCGCAAUUACUGGCGCCAGCUGCUUGGCACCGGUGUAUGUUGGUUGUUGUAUGACGUCACGGCAUAUGGCAUUUUGUUGGUUCAGCCAGAAAUCACACAGUCAAUAUGGGAUGACAGUUCUUCGGUCACUGACGUCAUUUGGCAGAAUAUCGUUUUGAACGGCAUGGGGAUCCCGGGGUGUUUCAUGGGUAUUCUUGUUCUAAAGCAAAUGGGAGUGAAAUGGCUGCAGUUUUGGGGUUUCGUGGGCUUAGCUGCGUCUGCCUUCCUUAUGGCUGCCACCGUUGAAAUCUUAAAGGGACAAGCAUGGGCCCAGCUGGUUCUGCUGUGUAUCGUCAAUUUUUUCAUCAAUUGGGGUGCAUCCAUCACGACAUUCAUUCUCCCCUCUCUCGUCUUUCCGCCGGAAGUCCGAAGUACAUACUCUGGAAUCAGCGCUGCACUGGGAAAAAUAGGGGCAGUGGGCGGAAUUUAUGCUAUGAAGGCGAUUCUGAGUGCCGGCGGUCUAACGCCCAUGAUGAUAUGUGCUGGCGUCCCAUCUCUUGCAGCUGCUGUUCUCACGUGGUUUCAUGUUGAUCCUGUGCCAAAUACGUGGCGUAGCUCUCUUCUUCAGUGUUUUGGAAGCCUUGCGGGGUCUUGUCCAUUUAUUGAUUGUCGAAAAUUCCGGAGAGGAUCUCGGGCGUUUGAGUAG